AUGUGGAAUGGUUCCAGACUCAAGCCAAAGGGCUCAGCGACAAUUGAAGUGGUCAAUCCGAGAGACGGUGUUUCGCAUCGUCUGCAGUUCGUGAUCGUGGAUGAGGAUCUCACGCCGAUUCUCGGCAUUGAUUCGAUUUUAUCUCUUGGCUUUGUCAUUUUUAACCAUGAUCGUUUUGUGUACGCUUGUCAGAGUGAAGCCGAUGUUAGUGACCUGUAUCCGUCUGUGUUUAGCCCGGGUUUAGGGGAAUUUGAGGGUACCGCUCACCUGUCGUUAGAUCCUUUGGUACGCCCGAUUGCGUUACCUGCUAGGAGAGUCCCAUUUGCGCUACGUGACCGAUUUUCCGCGGAAUUGAACAAGCUGGUUAUGCAGGGUGUGAUUGCAAAGGUUGAUGAGCCAACAGACUGGGUUAGCCAGGUCGCAAUCAUUACGAAGAAAAAUGGCGAACUACGCGUAUGUAUAGACCCGAAGCCACUGAAUGAGGCCCUGCGUAGAGAACAUUAUGCGCUACCGACGUUAGAAGAUGUUUUACCACGUUUGACAAAAGCUAAGUUUUUCACGAAAGUAGACCUUUCUUCCGCAUUCUGGCACGUUGUUCUAGACGACGAAUCCAGUUUCCUCACCACAUUUGCUACACCGUUCGGACGUUAUCGUUGGCUGCGAUUACCGUUUGGCCUGAAGGUGUCUAGCGAAAUUUUCCAAAAGCGUUUGGUGCAAGCAAUAGAUGAUUUAGAUGGCGUAACCUGUGUGGCAGAUGACGUUCUGAUUUACGGUUCUACCGAAGAAGAGCAUGACACUAAGCUACACCGGUUCCUGAGGCGUUGCGUGCAAAAGAACAUCAAGCUAAAACGCGAGAAAGUAGAGCUGCGGAAAGAGGAGGUGAUUUUCCAUGGGCAUGUGUUAACAUCCGACGGAAUCAGGGUUGACCCAGGGAAGAUUAAGGCGAUACAAGAGAUGCCGUCCCCUAACGAUGUGAAGGCAGUCCAUCGCCUAAACGGUAUGGUGAAUUAUUUAAGCCGGUUCCUACCAGGACUCGCUGAUGUCAUGACUCCGAUUAGGCAGUUAACUCACAAAGGA